UCCUCCUGGUGUCUCUGGUCGUAAACCAUAUUUUCCCUCGCGACCGACGUUCACAACUACCAAGACAAGUGGCGGAGAGCCUACAUGGCGGAAGAAUGUCAUCUUUUCUGAGGUAGUGGACGGGAAACUGUCAGCAAUAUAUCAGAUAUAUCUCACCCUAACCGCUGAAACAGCAACCGUGACUAAAAUAGCAGAAAUGGUCUCUGAAGAAGUUGGCGUGCGCGUUAUGCUUCUAGACAGCAAAGGCUUGCGUAUAAUGCCCUCAGAAGCGACGAAAGGUCAUGCUUUCUGGCAGCCUACAAGAAAAGUGUAUGCCAUUCCAGUUGAAUCUGCUGGUUCUUUGGAAGGAAAGAGGAAGCGAUCCUCAGAUCAACAAACAAGCAGUUCAGAGUUUAAAGAGGUCAUUUCUGAGCUUAAGAAAAUGAAAGAAGACUUGUCCAAAGUGAAAGAUGCUCAAGAAGGUACAGAGUCUGCUGCACAAAGAGGAACACAUGUUACUUCCUUUUUGAAGAAUGUGUUCAGGUGUACCAUUUGCUUUGGAUCCACAAAAUUGCCAGCAGCCUGUUGUAGUUCUUGUGAAGCUAUCAUAGGCUGCAUACACUGUGUUGAACAGUGGAGGGAUGAUAAUCAGGCAACAUCAGAGUUCAUGUGUCCACUUUGCAGAGCAGAAGGGGAGUACAAAACAGUGCCUGUAAUAAGAGAAUUACAGGAAGCACUAGUCUCCAUUGAUGCUAAUGAUCUUCAAGAAAACGGGCAGUGAGGACUUUGUUGUUAUUAAUAUAUCCUAAGAUGUUGAAAAACUUGUUAUUAUAAGCAUUAACUAACAGCUUGUAAAUGUUCAUUUAAAGUUAAGAGAGUUUGAUAAGCCAGCUCUAAACCUUGUAUUUUUUAUGUUGAGUUACAGGAUGCCCUCAUUUUCGGUUCCGCGCUGUUAACCAGAGGUUAACACCGAUGUAGAACAGUGAUAAUUAAUGGCAAGAAAAUUAUAAUAAGAAGGCUAAGACGUCUAGGUGACUUUAAGGCUUUAACUUAACUUUUUUGCUACACUUUAAGUCAUGACGUGUAGAGACGUCCAAUUUAAAAUCUAAAGGAAGUAAAGGUGUUUCUAAAGUUGGCGUUAACGACUGAAUAUUCUUGAGAGUUUCCUUUUGUUUUUCUUUAUGUGGUAAAAGUUCCUUUCGGUUGUGUAGUGUAAUCGCCGUUCAACAAUAAUAAAUCACCAAAGCUCUCCGAUAACCUUUUCUGAUAUACCAAAUAGCUAUAUUUGCUAGAAAGUUGUUAUACUAAGACAGUCUUUUUGUUAUGUCAAUAAAUGAGAGAACAGCA